UGGUGCGCUCAUUGACGGUCGUACGCUCGGGGACGGGGCUUUUGGCGCCUGGCCUGAAAUCAAACACCAUGAGCUCAUCGUCAUGGGGGAUUCCCCCUCCACCUCCUGCAGAGAAACAAGAUCAUCUAUAUUUUCCACCCGGGCACCACUCAUCCCACGGGGCACUUGCAAACAGUCAUAAGGAUGGAUAUGCCCCACCUGGUUAUGCAAAUCAACAGUCCAUCUCUUCAGAGCAGAAGACACCACCCUUUCCACCAUCUUCAAGUCAAGCAGCAGAUACAUUUACAAAUCAGUACAGGAAUCAGAACCUGCCAUCAAAUGCUUCCGGGAACAACUCCUUUCCACCUGCACCAUUUGAAAACUCUAACACGAUGGCUCAUCCGAAUCAACGAGUUGGUCAAGGUUUCCAGCCCCCAUCUAGGCCUCCACACUUUCAAUCUAUGCCUCCUCGCCCACCACAUGCUGGUCAGUUUUGGCCAAGUGGUCCCAGACUCAACUCCGCACCCCCUUUCCCCCCACCUUUUCCUGUUCCACCUCCGCAUCGGCAUGAGCAUCAUCCAAGGAGUGAUGGCGGAGUUCAGCCGUCCACCAACAUGGUGAGAUACAGCCCUUCACUCCCUCCUCCUCAAAUGUCCUCUCAUCAGUCUCAGCAUCGAUGGCCAGCAGAUGCAACCCCAGUAGGUCCAGUGCAUGGACAGUGGAACCAAGGCCAAGGGCCAACGGAGGCCAGCUUUCAGGGUGACAGUGACAACGCUACCCAAAACAACUUCCCGUCACAUUCCAAACAAUCCCACGGCAGAAGACUCCAGCAUGGAGGCUCCAACACGGCUCAGACCGGACUCCAGCCUUACCAGUCCUUUAGAAGCAAGCCAUCAGAGAGGAGUAACCAGAACUCGUUUCCCGGGAAACCUGGGAUAGUACCAGGACAGGGUGGACUGCAUGCCACCGGGCAGGGUACUAAGACAGAGGGUGACCAGCAAGAAGUGAAGGAGAGUGAGGAUCAAAAGUGGGUCAAUGAGUGGUCAAAAUCCCUCAUAAAACGUGAUGGUGUAUCCAAAGAAGCAACCAAGCCAAUGGUAAAGAUAUCUGAAGCAAGGAUGCUCUUGACCAAAUUCAAGCAUAUGCUGGAACAGCUGAGAAGGAAGAAAGAAGAGGCAUCAGAAAUCCUGAUGAAGGAGAACGAUGAAAGGAAAUGGUUUCAGCUGUGCAAAGAAAUGGAUGUGCAAACGGAGCACUUGUCUAAUCUACAAACAAGAAUAAACAAGCCAGAGUUUAUCAAGGGACUCAAACGCCAAAUAGAAAGAAGAAGAAGAAAGAGGGAUAGAUAUAGGAGACAUCGUAUGGAGGAAUGGGAGAUGAAAGAAGAGGCCCUCAGAGUACGGAAUGAGAAAAUCAAUGCUUCUCUGGCUGCAGCUCUCCAGGCCAAACAAGAAAAAGAACAGGAAGAGGUACUACAGAAAGAAGUAGAUCAGGUCCUCUCUGAGGUUCGUAGGAAGAAACAGGAUGCUAACAAGACCAUGGAACUAUUCCGAGCUCUUCGAAAGCUAAGGCACCUCAGGAAGGAAUCUGCUGAGAAAAAAGUUGGAUACAAAGCACCGAGAGUGUUGGAUGAGAGGUUCGAAAAGAAGAUGUUAUUGUUGGAGGAAAUGAUGAACAAACAAAAGCUCCUGUAUGUCGAAGAAGAGAAAGCCCUCCAGGUGAUGUUAGAGGAGGAGCAUGAAGAAACGAGAGAGAAAGCAAGACAGAAGAAAGAACUGAAAGACAGGAAAAAGGCAGAAAAAGCAUGGGAAGAACAGGAGGCGUUAAUCUUUGGAAAAGCUGAAGAGGUAGAACUAGGACAUCCUUUAUUCAUGUUCCGACAGUUUUAUCAACAGGCAAAUCAUGAUCUCCAGUCAUUAAUUAAUAUCAGACGCCAGUGGGAUACGUUUAUCGUUCCAGAGUCCGAUCUAGCCGGAUCAAGAAUUCCAGUGUCAUGGGUUAUGCCCUCUGACCCUUCGAACCACAUCUGGGAAACAGCGAUCGUUGAUUCCUCUGGGACAUGACACUCAGAGACACUGUUGAAGGGCAUGAUCAGCCAACGUUCACGUCACAUCUGAGGAAACAGCCAUAGUUGAUUUCUCCGGUCCAUGACACUUGGGAGACAUUGUCUAAGGCAAUGUCUUGAUCUGGCCCUUCA